AUGUAAGGUAAUUAUUGAAUUUAACUUUAUCUUAUCAUUAGGCAAAAAAGAGUUCAAAAAUUAUAAUAAUUGAAAUAAAUUAGAUAAAAAUAUACAAAAUGUCUUGAAACAAUUUCUAAUUAAGAUGUACUAUUAUGUAAAGGUAUUAUUAAAUAAUGGAUAUCUAAUAUUAUAGAUCCAUUAAUUAAAUCAUGUUCUACAAAAUAAUUUAUAUUACAAUCAAAUGAGAAUUCAAAAAAUCCUAAUAGUGAAAGUUCUAUUUAAUGUAGAUAAAAUUAAUUGAUGUUAUUAACAAUUUAAAUACUAAAUAAUAUGGAAAAAUUUACAGAAAAAGAUAAAAUUCCAGAAUUAUUUUAAACUUCAUUAUUUUUAUCAUUGUUUAAAAGUUAAAAUAUCAAAGCUCCAUUAUUUGUUGCUAAAAGAACUAAAUAUUAUACAAAAAAUACUAUUAAAAUUGGAAUUUAUUAAGAAAAAAUGAUUAUAAGUGAAUAUUUCAUUUUUAGAUUAUUGAUAUCUAAUUUAAUUGAAUCUUCAAAUAAUAUGAUUUAUUAAAAUAUAAAUCAUAAAAUGUAAUGUAAAUUUAUAAUUCUUGCUAUUAUGGGAAUAUUAUAAAUUUUAUAUUAAGAUUACUUUUCAGAAUUAAAAUAAUUAGAUUAACCUUCAACUGAACUUUUUUAAAGAAGAAUUAAAAUUAGUAAAUAAUAAGAUAUCUCAAUUAUAAUUGAUGAUAAUAUUGAUUAAGAAGAAUCACUCAUAUUUGGACUCCAUUGUAAAAAACAUUUUGAAAACUUAAUGGAAAACAAUUAAGAAUGGCUUUAAGAAAUUUGUUUAAAAUUUGCAAAGAUUUUAAAUAAUUUACAUUCAAUUUUAUGA